AGGCCGGUCUCACUGUUUGGUCACCUGAAGCAAAUCCAGUGUUUAAAUUGGGGUCAGAGGUUCAAAUGAAGUGUUCCUUCACGAUGACCCCCGAUCCCCUCGAUCCAAACAAGGUAACGAUGGUCUGGACACAACAUGGACUGUCCAUAGCAAAGUACGAUCAAGGAGUGGUGACGACGAUACCGAGAAUCAGCCUGAAUACUGAGGAGCUGGAGAAUGGAAGUGUGUCUCUGGUUUACAGAUUCAUCAACACGGAGGACGAGGGGCAGCACAGGUGUGAAGUGGAAUAUGAAGGAGAAGAGGGAGAGGUGGACAUGCACGUGACUGUCAGAGCUGCUCCUGAUAUACUGUACUUGAGGAUGGACUCGGACCCUCAAAGCUCUGAAGUUAACCUGACUUGCGAGGCCUCGAACUUCUACCCGCUGAACAUCAGCUUCACCUUCAAGAGGAAGGCCGUCACCUUAAAGACAGAGAGGGUGACAUCGGAAGAAAAUCCAUUUGUGUGGCCCGUGUCUGACGGGUCCUUCGCUGCAGAAAGUGUGUACAGCGUUGACGUGGCCACCAUCUUGGGCAGCACCGAGCCGUUUACCUGUGAGGUGGCCCAUGAGGCGCUGGAUCAGCCAAUGAGCAGGGAGGUCAUGAACCCAGUGGCUCCAGUGGUCUCACUGGUGGGUAUCGCAGUGCUGUGCAAGGAAAGUCAGGUGGUCUGCAUGGCGGAGGGUUUCUUUCCCCAAUCAGCGAUCUUCAUAUGGAGGAAGAGUGAGGAAGUCGUGAAGACCGAGGAUUCACAAUCCAUAUAUCAUGACACCUACUCUGCAGAGAGUCACUACAAGUUCACCCCAUACAGUCGAGAGCCGCUGUCCUGUGAGGUGAAGCACAUGACUGGCGUGUCUGAAAGGAAAUACGUCACAUACAGCGGCCUGGCCCAGGUGGAGAUCAUUUGGAUGACUGUAGCCAUCACCAUCAUCAUCUUCAUCGGCCUCUUCAUUCUCUGGUGGUCCUCGGUUGGUCUUUUUCCACUCAUCCCCUUGGAGGUUGACGGUGUACCCCGGGCUCUGCAGUGCACCCUCACCGGCUGGGCACUCAGAAUGGUCACUGUGGAGUGGUCUAGAAAUGACCAGCAGAUCAGUGUGGAUGAUGAUGAGGAGACCCUCGGAGACCCACCUGAAUACUCCAUGGAGAGACUCCCAGUUAAAGACCUCUGCUGUGUGGAUGGGAAUGUCCUCAGACUGGAGAUGAAGCUCAUGAUAGAAGAGCCUGAGGGGGCCAAGUUCAAGUGUCAGGCCACCCACAGACUGACCAGGAGAAGCCAGGAGUGCAGCUUGGAGAUAUGAGAAGAGGACACUAAGGACCACCUGUGUAACUAGUCUGGACUGGACCUGAGUGUGUGUCACUUUGUUGAGACCUGGGGACGACUUUAUAGGCCUCGUGGGCUACACUGUGACGUGUGGAGGAGAUCACUCAAUCAAAGUCCCCACUGGUCACAUGUUUGUCCUUAUUUCUUCUCUCUAGAGACACCACGCUUCACGAAUCCCCUCAGCAUUUAGCUUGUCCACGUGAGAGGUGUGAUGAAGAGGUGAUACGACUGCAGCCUGACGGUGACCUAACAGAGCUGCUUAGGUGACAACAGUGGGUUCCGUGUCACCCUUACGCUGUGUACAAUAAAGCACU